AAGAAGUAAAGAGGACUACGCAAUAUCCAACUAUUCCGCAAUUUCCCUUUUACACAAAUCGUACCUACACAACACCACUUUCUUCCCUUCCAAAAACAAAUUUUAACUUCAUCAUCAGCCAGGCUAGGCCAGACGGCAUCGGCAUCAACAUUUUUAACAUCAACAACGACAUCGAAACAAGGCAAGCAAAUGCAAUGAGAAUGACAAAAGAACGGCGGCGGCGGCCAGAGAAGAACCUGAGCCAUAUCUAGAGUCGGGCCCAGAGACCGGACCGAGACCACCAUCAACAUUCCGGUAUAUUUUUUUCAUAAUCCGCACCACAAGCACGACGCCUCAGUUUGCAAAAAUAUUUCGCGGACGUUGGAUGUGUUAAAAGUUGCUGUAAUUUUUGCGCGACAAACAAGCUCUUUUUGAGGUGUUGAUGUUUUUUAAGACCAAACAUUUGAAAAAUAAACAAAAUCAAAUUUUUUUAAUUUCCUCAAAAAAAAAAUAUAGCUCCAAAAUUCGUACCUAAAUAUUAAGAAAAACACAAUCUCAGAGAAAAAAGUAGGGAGCAUUUAAAAAAAAAAUAAAAUUUUCGAUUUCUUGGCGAACAUGCGUGCGUGCGACUGUGUUGAUAUUUUUUUCAAACAAGAAUAAGUUUAUACUUCCUUGACACCGUAAACAGUACCACUACCAUCAACCAACAUCAUCAUCAUCUCGUCAGUGCAAAAAGGACGAGACGAAUAAAAAAUACAUCCAGCUUUUUUAUCGGGUGCUCCCCUGACCACCCUUUUUAAUCUUUCUACUUUCUACUUCUCAAUUAUAGCACAAAACAAUUUUCAAGCAAAAAAAAAAAAAAAAACAAACAGCGAAAAAUACGUUUUGCCUGCAAACACCGCAACUAAGAAAAAGGAACUUUUGGUGAUUUUCUCUUUGUUCAUUCGCUUACCAUUUUUUUGUUCUUUUCUUCCUUCCUUUUUUGGGUUUGGUUUAUUUUCAAUUUCGCUGACCUCGAGCCAACAACAAAGAAAAAAACAAAAAAAAAAGGAUAAAAAAACACAUAACCAAACUAACAAAAUUUCAAAAAAUUAACGAAAAGCAACUAUAUAAAAAAUAUAACUGAACAACAAACAAAAGUAAUUAUCAAAUAACAGAAAACAAAUAAAGAACAAAACCCUCGCUGCUAUAUUGAACAAAAAAAAACGGUAAAAAAAAAAUUAAAAAACGAAUAGAACUGAAUGUAUUUUCAUAGAUAUUAAAAGAAUAUUAGCAGAAAAAAAAAAAACAAAUAAAAUAAGAAAAAGCAAUAUUUUAUAAAUCUUAAUAGAAAUAGAAAUAAUGACAACACUGUAUUCUGACUUGGAACGUACGACUGGCAAUGUCGGUGGAUCAUGUAAUGCUUCAACAUCAUUUUCAACAAGUGUUAAUUCAUCACAAACAUCACAACAACAACAACAACAAUCAGCUUCUGCCGUAUCAGCCGCCGUUGCUGUUGCUGCUGCGGAACUACGACAGCAUCAUCAUCAGCAGCAGCAGCAGCAAUCCGUUGUUAGUUCAUCACAAACGAUAAUCAAUGGAAACCCAUCUACAUUAUCUGUAUCCUCGUCAUCGUCGUCAUCGAUGUCGUCAUCAUCGUCAAAUAUAUCAGGUGGAUCACCUAUUUCGUCAUCACCACAGUCGAAUCCUAAUAGUUCAAUAGGGACACCAUCGCUAACUGGUUCUCCGUCGUCUUCCACAAAUCUAGUCGGCUUAAGUAACUGCACUUCGAGUAGCAGUGGCAUUUCUUCCUUAUCAGGAGUGAGUCUCAAUGGUGGAGGUGGCGGAAGUAGGGUUAACAUGGGUAGUAAUUCAACAUUAAUCGAAGAUCCUAGAACACUUCAGCUAGCGUUAGAGCUGUCAAUGGUAGGAUUAUCGGAUACAAUGCAAGCAGCUGCUGUUGCAGCAGCACUCAACAAUGGACAUGGACAUUCACAACGUCCACAGCAACAGCAACAACAAAACCAACAUUUGAAUCAUCAUCUGCAGCAACAACAACUUCAACCCCAGCAAAUUCAUAGUCAAUACGACUUAACAUGUGGACUUACAAAUGCAUCAGCGGGAAUAAUGCAACCAACAAAUGUUCUGCCGCCAGGAACAACCCUUAAUCAGUUCGCUGCCUCCAUAUUGCCAACAUUAGAAGAUCGUUCAAAGAAAUCACAAAAUAUGACGGAGUGUGUUCCUGUACCGAGUUCGGAACAUGUUGCUGAAAUCGUUGGACGACAAGGAUGUAAAAUCAAAGCUCUACGUGCCAAAACAAAUACCUACAUUAAAACUCCGGUUCGUGGGGAGGAGCCUGUUUUUGUUGUGACUGGCCGCAAAGAAGAUGUUGCAAAGGCCAAACGUGAAAUCUUAUCGGCCGCUGAACACUUUAGCUUGAUUCGUGCCAGCCGUAAGCCUAUUUUAGCCGGUAAUUUAGGCAAAGUGCCACCUGGCCCACCAUCUAUUCCUGGCCAAGUAACUAUUCAAGUACGCGUACCGUAUCGUGUAGUUGGUUUGGUUGUUGGUCCAAAAGGUGCCACUAUCAAGCACAUACAACAAGAGACGCACACUUAUAUUGUGACUCCAUCCCGUGAAAAGGAGCCAAUUUUCGAAGUAACUGGCCUGCCCGAUAACGUACAAGCAGCUCGCAAACAAAUUGAAGCUCACAUUGCUUUACGCACAGGCAAUUUAUCCCCAUCGGUGCAAACCAUCAAUUCGCUAAGCCAAAUGUUCAUUGGCGAUGAGCUAAGUCCGGAAUUUUUAGCUUCCAUUUAUAAAAAUGGCAUUUGUUCAACGUUUGAUUAUGUCGAUGCUCAAGUGUCACCAGAUGAUGGGUCAGGAUGUAACAUGGUUGUACCAAAUCACGCGAAUGCAUCGAACAUGGGGGCUUUCAACGGUAACGCCAAUCACCAUCUUCAACAACAACAACAACAACAUCAUCAACAGCAACACCAGCUUCAUCAAGCUGGGAACGUAGUUGUUUCUGCAUCCAAUCUAGUUAUAAAUGGUCUAAUGGGUGGCAAUAACACUAACAGUGGCAUAGUCAAUAAUUCAAUCAACGGCAACGGUAUGGUGGGAGGAGUUAUUGGAUCAUCAACAGGUGGAAGCCGAUCAUGUUCAUCAAGCUCGUCGUCCACAUCUUCCAAAAGCGCAACAAAUUCACGCCCAGAACUGAUGAACAUAUGGAAAAACCUUGGCGAGUCUCUCGAUGUCGAUGAAGGUCUUGGUGAAUCGCCAAACAUCUGGACACUUCCACCUGUCACUGGUCAAAUCGGUUGUUCACCAUCCCAGUCGGUUAGUCCAACUGACUCCCUGCUUGGUGGAGCCGGUGGCUCUACAGGAAGCAACAAUAUAACAAAUAUGAUCUCAUCCACUUCUGCUGCCAAUGCCGUCAACAAUAGCAAUCGAGCUGGUCUUAUUUCCACAGCUUCACAACAACUCAAUAGCAUGCGACGUGAAUGUUUGGUUUGUGGCGACAAGGAAGUCACUGCCGCUCUGGUGCCAUGUGGCCACAACAUGUUCUGCAUGGAAUGCGCCAAUCACAUAUGUACAUCAGUUGAUGGCUGCUGCCCAGUAUGUAGUCAAACUGUCUACCAUGCCAUGCGAAUUCUGCCUUAAACAGGUUAGAUACCAGGUUAAGUCAUUUUUUUUAUUAUUUGUAAUAUUUUAUAUUAAAUAUUUAUAUAUAUUUUUUUUGUCUUUCAUAAGUAAAAACAAUGCUUAUGAAUAUAAAAAAAACCCAGAGGAUUUUUAUAUAUUUUUUAAUUGUUGAAUUUUCUUAUUAAUUUAUUUUAUAUCCAAAAAAAUGGUUAUUUUGGCCGAGAUAUUAUGUGAAAAAAAAAAAAAAAAAUACUUAAACUAAGCAUAAAAAAUAUUAAAUAGCAAAAUGAACAAAUACAAAAAUAGAGAUCUUUAUUAAUAUAACUAUAAUUUUUUUAUUAGAAGACUUGUUUUAUAUACCUAUAUGAAAAUAAUAAAUAAUGAAUAUAUAAUUUGUAAAACAAAUUGCAAA